CUCCAAAUCAUUCAACUAAGGCCAGAGCAAGUUUUUAUCUGUGCAGAAAAAAAGAAAAUAAUGGAGAUGAAAAGAAUGGAAAUAGUUUUGGGGUUGAUGCUGGUUAUGACAAUGCUCGGUGUGCGUUUGACAACUGCUCACUUGCCACCUGGCAUCUGCAUUGAUCAUUGUCUGAAAGAAUGCAAGAGCAGUGGUGUGGGUGUUGCAGUAUGCGUCAAGUACUGUCCCGUUCAUUGUCUUCCCCCCGAUGCUUCCACCAAAGAGCACUACUGUAAUCUUGGAUGUAUGCUCGACCAAUGCGCCAAGUUCACCAGUGAUGAGAAGAAGAUGAAUGACUGUGUAUCCAAAUGCCGCAAAUACAACUGCAAAAUCAAUGGCUAAACGAAUAGCUGUCGGUUUAGAGCAGGCCCGCAUAACUUUUCAUGUCCUUCGCCUUGUUUUAGUUUCUCUUUCUGUUUCCAUUCUUCAUGAAUGUUUUGUUGCGUAAUAAGUGUGGCCUUAAUAAAGGUUCUUCUUGGUCCAUCCAUGGCCAAAUGAAUGUAUUUCUGUUAUUUCCUUUGUAGACCGUAAGAAAUUAAACCAUGGUUUUGUGUGUUGACACACAGACACA